UGUCCCGGGAGCGCCGGGUGCCGCGUGCCUCGCGCGCCCCUCGGCUGCAGAGAGCCCUGUGUUCCACGCUAGGAUCCCCGCGUCCCUGGUGACCCCAGCUCCGGUGUGGGGAGCUGCGGCCCCGGGAGUCCGGACUUCGUGCCAGGGCCCUGGAGCAGAGGCCCGGAUCGAAGGCGCAGGCAGAGCUUCAGCCCUGGGCUGCGGCAGCUUGGGACCGGAGGACCAGAGCCGCUGCAGAGAUGGGGCGGGGCGAGGCUGAGCAUCUCCAUCCUCAGUUUCUCCACUUGCAGUAGCGCCCCUGCACCGGGUAGCGGGCACCUGAGGUGGCCCGCACCCGAGAAAGCAGCCAAGCUCCUCUCCCCCCCAUCCCACCCUGUAACUCCAUUCUCUUCCCACACCCAGUACGGAGAGCUUGGCGACACAGCUCACAGCCUCUAUCGCUAGUCUCAUCUCUGCUCUGGGAGCCAGCUGCCUCUUGGCUGCUUGUCCUGUCAUACUUUGGACUACUCUGGCCUCACUGAGCUGCAGUUUUGGGAGGCAUCAGGGUAAUUAGGCAGGGAGAAACCAGUGCGUGACCGAACUCAGUGUGAUGUUGAGAUCUUGGCUUGUGGUCCAUUGCUACUUGACCGAAGUCCAGAAGGGCAGUGAUGCUAAGAUAGGUUACGAGGCAGCAUUUUUGCAAAAAUGAAUACGAAAUUGUAAUUUCCCCCUUGCUUUUCAUUGUUUGCUUCGAAGGAAGAAUGUUGCCAUGUUUCCAACUGAUAAAAGAGUCCCACUGCUCCGGUGGUCGUGGCCUCCUCCGCCCACUGCCAUUAUUUGUUAUUUGGAACAGUAGGGUGUGUUUGGAGCUGGCAGAAUGCCCGAACCCGUGGACUGUCUGAUUCCUCUCCAGGGAGCGGCACAUCAUACUUUAACUCUGCAGUGCUGGCCUCUGCCUGCUUUGGACUGGCUUUACCAUUUUCUUUCCAUGUCUGUUAUUCUUCUAACUUCUCUGGGUUGACAAAGUGCUGUACUUUUGUUACUGUGUGAGGAAAUGAAGGGAUAGGUCAAUGAAGAGGGAAUAGUUGUCCCCAGUGCCCAGAAUGGAGUUGUCCCUAGAGAACGCCGUGAGGCAUCAUUCAAAAUUCAUUUUAGUGCCACCAGCCCUUGCCAGCCGAUGUAAGGAAUAUCCCUUGGCUACUCUGUUCAUGGUUCUUCUACUUGACUGUGUACUAUAGUUAUCUAGGGACCGUUAAGGAACAGUAUCGGGCCCCUUCCCAUAGAUUCUGGUUUACUUUGUUGUAUGGGCCCAGGGCCUCGCAUUUUAAAAGUGUCCACGAUGAUUGUCAAUGUGCAGUGGCCUAUUUCUCUCCCUCAUAGCACUUUAUUUUGCGUGACUUACUAAGCUUCUCCAUCUGCCAUGCAGUCUCCAUGAAGGCAUUGGGUCCUGCCUUGGGACACUCCAAUUGAGGAGGUCUAGUCUGUCCUCUACAGAACUCUCAAGCUCACUGGCAGGACAGAAGCAAAUUCACCUGAACGCUCAUCCGCGGCUCGGCACAAACGACGACGACGACAUGGAGCUUUGAAGGUGACGGUAUCCUGGUGUCGGCCAUGGGUCAUCAGGACACAGCCGGACCAUGUGGACCACUUUCUUCAAACUACGAGUCUUCUGCUGUCUGUUUGCGGUGCUAAUGGUGGUGGUGUUGGUGGUCAAUAUCACUCAGGUGGAGUACUUGGACCAUGAGACUCUCUCAGGGACGUUCAUCGACAGCAGUGGACAGUUCAUUUCCUCGCAGGCUACUGGCAUUAGCCGGAAUCCGUACUGUGGGUAUGAGCACCAGACCCUGUCCAGCCAGGAACGCUUAGAAGAGGAUGCCUUGCUUGCCGCCUCCAGGUGGCAGGUGCCUGAUGUGGACCUGGUCCCUUUUGUGAAGAGCACCGACCCUUCCUCCAGCUACUUUGUCAUCCUGAAUUCUGCAGCCUUCUUCAAGGUGGGGAGCCAGCUGGAGGUGCUGGUCCACGUGCAUGAUUUUCAAGGGAAGCCCAAGAAGUAUGGCGGAGACUACCUGCAGGCCAGAAUACACUCGCCGAAGCUGCAGGCGGGGGCCGUGGGCAGGGUGGUAGACUACCAGAAUGGAUUUUACAAAGUGUUUUUCACCCUGCUCUGGCCUGGCAGAGUUAGAGUGUCCAUCUCUCUGGUUCACCCCAGUGAAGGGAUUCGAGUUCUUCAGUACCUGCAGGAAGUGAAACCAGACAGGGUCUAUUUCAAGAGUCUCUUCCGCUCGGGAAGGAUUUCGGAAACAAUGAAGUGCAACGUGUGUCUUCCGGGAAGUCUUCCCCUGUGCAACUUCACGGAUCUCUACACCGGGGAGCCCUGGUUCUGCUUCAAACCAAAGAAGCUCCCCUGCAGCAGCAGAAUCAACCACUUCAAGGGCGGGUACACGAAGGGCCUUCUCACUGCUGCGGACAGUGCUUUCUUUCAGAGUGGUGUCAAUAUCAAAAUGCCGAUCAACUCCAGUGGACCUGACUGGGUGACUGUGGUUUCCAGAAGAAAAAAAGAAACUGAUGACCUAGAAGUAUCUCAAGGUUCAGGAACUUUCCCUUCUGGAUAUUUCUACAAAGACCAGUGGAGGCCCAGGAGGUUUAAGAUGCGCCAUUUUAAUGACCCUGCUAACAUUACAGAAUGCUUGCAGAGAAAAAUGGUGUAUUUAUUUGGUGACUCAACAAUCAGGCAGUGGUUUGAAUACCUCACUAUGUUUGUCCCAGAUUUAGUGGAGUUUAAUUUGGGUAGCCCCAAGAACGUUGGCCCCUUCCUUGCGGUGGACCAGAAACACAACAUCUUGCUCAAGUAUCGCUGCCAUGGUCCGCCCAUCCGCUUCACGAGCGUCUUUAGUAACGAGCUUCAUUAUGUGGCAAAUGAACUGAAUGGGAUUGUGGGGGGGAAGAAUACAGUGGUGGCCAUAGCCGUGUGGUCUCACUUCAGCACAUUCCCCUUGGAAGUCUAUAUCCGGAGGCUCCGGAACAUCCGCCGAGCUGUGGUCCAACUCCUGGAUCGAAGCCCUAAGACUGUGGUUGUCAUCCGGACAGGCAAUGCCCAAGAGCUGGGGCCCGAGGUGAGCCUUUUCAACAGUGACUGGUACAACUUUCAGUUGGACACUGUCCUUCGGAGGAUGUUCUCAGGGGUUGGAGUCUAUCUGGUUGAUGCCUGGGAGAUGACCUUGGCUCAUCAUCUACCCCACAAGCUGCAUCCAGAUGAAGUGAUUGUGAAGAACCAGCUGGACAUGUUCUUAUCUUACGUAUGCCCCUUGGAGACCUAAGUAUCUUCAGGCACACUAAAGGAAUCGCAUUCAGUGACCUUCCCAAUUGACUUGUAGUAUAGAAAAUUUGUGAUUGACUCCAUGGUCAGAUGGAUACUGUCCAUCUGUUGGACAUUUCAAAAAAGAGCUGUACUUUGCAUACUGACUUGUAAAGAACUUGGGCAGUAUACACUGCAUUUGUGUCUACCUAUAGGAUUUUUUCCAUCUUGACUUAGCCAUCAUAGAGCUCUUAUUAACAGUAUGUACACACUGUAUUGCCCUUGUAACCAAAGAUGCUAAGGAGUGUAUUUGAACUGGCCUCUCCUGGGGUGGAGAUUUCUGUGCUAAUGCCUAUGAGAAGUGUUUUGAGGAAACAAAAUGGAUGGAUUUGGUUGGCAAUGCUGUGUUUGCCACUUACCUGGUAAAGGAAAUGGAGCAUGUGUUCAGGAAUAGCACAAUGAUCCCUCCUCAGGACUAGAGAGUGUUUAUUGUCAGAGUUCCCAUGGCCAUGCUGAAGACUGCUGUAUCUCAGGAGUUUCUAUUGACGUUCCCCCCCCCACACACAAUUACUUGUAAAGGCCAGUAUGUGUGGUCAGAAUUUUAUAAUAAGGAUAGUAACAAUUUCCUGCUUUUAUCUAGGAAAGAGGCAACAGAAGAGCGUACAGCCUGUGCUUUGGAUCGGUGUUCGCGUUUGAUAAUUGUUUCUUACUUGAUUCAGCCGAGUUUUGUGUGAUGAAUACUUAUUCUAGAAUAACCACUUUUGGAAAUAAAUAUGUAAACAGAAGUUUA